AUGCUUGUUCCAUUUGGGUUAUUCAGUGUAGGUUUUUUUUCGUUCUUUUUGUUUUGUUUUAAUACGUCAAAAAAGUCAAUUCAGCAAUAUAAAACACCAAAAAAACGGCAGAAAACAUACACUGUAUGACCCGAUAAUUUCUUUUAUUAUUAAUUAUUAUAAACUAUGAAAAGAAUUAUAUUCUAGUAUGACCACCGAAAAUCAGUCAGUGCAAAUAGGAAGAUCAGAAAAAGUUGCUCGGCAGUGGCUCUCCGAGUCUAAAUUCCAAGAAGUUUUAGGAGCCGACUCGUCGCAUAAAGUGAGCUCUCAAUAACACCGAUCGUGAAUAUUUUAUUUCACUUCAGUCAAUUUUUCUACUUCUCACUCAUCCCACCGGCGAACAAGGGAUUCUUCUGGCGAACAAAUCGUCAUUCUCAGAAGAAAAGCCAGUAAUCGAGCGCCUGUUAGACACGCUUAAACUCCGACAAAUAUCACAAAACGAUAUUUUUGGAUCAUACGAGAUUGAGAUUGAACCAGAGUUGAAUCGUGAGUUUUCCGGUACUCGUAAAAAGUUUUUCAAAAUUUAAUUUUUCCAGUUCUGAAAUCGCAACUGAUUUUCCCCGUAAAUGAUCGUCUUAUUGCGAAGUACAGACAAGAAGAAAAAUACGUUGUUCGAGAAACGCCAGAGCUGUACGAGACUGUGACGAAACCGUACAUCGAGAAAUGUCAACUUAAUCUCAAUGUUAGUUUUCCUUUAAAGAAUGCUUCCAAUUGUGAAAGAAAACAUUUGCAGUGGGUUUAUAACUGCCUGAAGAAACGAUCUGAAGUAGAUAAAAUAAUCUACGAAGAUGAGGAUAAGAAAAACGGUUUCGUUCUUAUGCAAGACAUAAAAUGGGAUGGAAAAACUCUCGAAACUCUCUAUGUACUUGCCAUUGUGCAUCGACACGGAAUAAAAUCGGUUAGAGACCUUUCUGGCGACGAUCUCCCUAUGCUCCACAAUAUCCACAAAAAGUCACUUGAUGCUAUCGAGAGGAAGUUUGGUCUUCGAAGAGAUCAAGUGAAAUGCUACUUUCACUAUCAGCCGUCUUUCUACCAUCUUCAUGUUCAUUUCAUUAAGUCUGCCAAUAUUAUUAAAAUCAUGUUCAAUGUCUAAUUUUAGCUUGAAGUACGAGGCCCCUGCGAGUACAACAAUGUCUGCAAUCCUUCUUGAUGACGUUAUCAACAACCUGGAGCUUAAUUCAGAACAUUACAAGCGAUCAACGCUUACAUUUACCAGGAAGAACAGUGAUAAACUGAUGGAGUUGUUCCGAGCAGUGUCCUGCGAAGAAAAACCAUUAUAAUUGUUCCAAAAAAUAUUUAAUGGUAUUGUAAAUUGAUUAAUCUCAAUUCAAAAUAUCUUGGCUCUUCUCUGCGCCACCGUCUCACUCCGGUCUAUCUCGAUUUUAGAAACGAGUUCCUGAUUCCUUUAACGGUUUUUCUUCAUUUUCCUCAAAAUUGCUUCAAAGAGUAAUAAUCAGAUGUCAAUCCUGAUAUUGUAUGGUAGCGAAACAGGCACUGCUCAAGACGUGGCAGAAUCCUUACGAAGAGAAAGCAUUAUGAGGCAUCUCUCAGCGAGAGUUUACGAAUUAGACGAGUAUGCUAUAAAUGUGAGAUUUAAAAUUGGUAUCAGAAAAAAUUAACAUUUGAACUGUUCAGAAAGCGUUCGCUGAGCAGGUUAUUCUGUUCGUUGUUUCUACCACCGGUCAAGGAGAAAUGCCGCCGAACAUGAGAAAAACGUGGCAAUGGUUACUUCGGAAAUCGUUAUGCACAAAGUUUCUAGAAAACGUGAACUGAAAGGAUAUUUAGAAAGCAUAACUCCAUAUUUUCAGGUAAAUGUCGGCGUGCUUGGCCUAGGUGAUUCUUCUUAUCAAAAGUACAACUAUGCCGGCAAGAAAUUGUACAGGCGACUCAUUCAAAUUGGAGCAAAAAUGAUGGCGGAAGUUUUUUUAGCCGACGAUCAGCACGAUUUGGGCAUUGA